AUGCUUUUCUCUAUCAUCACGUUCAUUGCUAUCGCUAGUAUCUUGGAUCUUGCUUCAAGUCUGCCAACCAAAAGGCAGGCAGGGCCAGCCGAUGCAGAUAUUCUUCAAUAUGCCUUGACUCUGGAGCAUCUAGAGAAUGCUUUCUAUAAAAAAGCUCUCUCUGAAAUGCCAGAACAGAUGUGGCUCGACGCGAACUUUUCGUCUUCCUUCUAUAACCAGUUAAAAUACAUAGUGCAUGACGAGGAGGCCCAUGUUGUCUAUCUUCAGACUGGUCUUACCGCUGCAGGUGCAGCACCUGUUGAAGCUUGUGAAUACAAGUUCCCAUUCACGGAUCCAAAGUCAUUUGUCGCUCUCGCUUCGGUCAUCGAAGGUGUUGGUGUCUCCGCAUACCUCGGAGCAGCAGCCGAUAUUACAACAAAGGCCUAUCUCACCGCAGCUGCUUCUAUCCUUGCCACUGAAGCUCUUCAUCAAUCCACUGAACGUAGCGCGAAUGGGGAGAUCCCAAUGGCCAAUCCCUUGUCGACACCUCUCGGACUUAACGCCGUCUACUCCAUCGCGUCAUCUUUUAUUGUUUCUUGCCCAUCCACCAAUGCCGUGUUGCCUGUAAUGGCCUACUCCUCUCUUGCUCUCAAGUCCGGCUUGCCUACUGCGCCAGGUGCCAGUAUUGUGCUGGUACCAGAGACCAUUCCAUCGGGAACCUUCUACACUACCUUCGUUAGCGGACUCGAUGCUAUCGCUGUUGAAAGUCAGGUCGGCAGUGAUGGUCUGAUCAUGAAUGUUGUUCCACUGAGCAUCUCGGGACAAAGUUACGCCUUCUUGACCAGAGAUAAAUCGGGUAACUUGACUGAUGCUAACAUCAUCGCUGGUCCAGUUGUUAUCGAGGUUACACCUGAUUCACCAACUUUUAGCUUGAUGGUUAUUUAA